AUGCCCAAGUCCAGGCGCGCAAAGGUCGUCCACCUCACCCAGGUCGAGAAGAAGACGCGCGAGAACAAGGACAAGCUCUUUCAGAACAUCCGCGAUUCCGUCCCCGAGUACCAGAACUGCUUCGUCUUCAGCGUUGAUAACAUGCGAAACAACCACCUCAAGGACGUGCGACGUGAGCUCGCUGACUGCCGUCUCUUCUUUGGCAAGACUAAGCUCAUGGCCAAGGCUCUUGGUCAGACCCCCGAGGAGGCCAUCGCUCCUGGAAUCGAGAACCUCAGCAAAUACUUGACCGGUACCGUCGGUCUUAUCUUGACCAACCGUCCCGCCGAAGAAAUCCUCUCUUACUUUGAGAACCUCGCUCCCGUCGACUUUGCCCGCGCCGGCGCCGUUGCCACCCGCGACUUCUCCAUCCCUACCGGUGUCGUCUACGCUACCGCCGGUGAGGUUCCCGCCGAGCACGAUGUUCCUCUCACCCACACCAUCGAGCCUGAGCUGCGACGUCUUGGUGUUCCUACUCGCAUGGUCAAGGGCCGAGUCGUUCUCGGUGACGAGUCUGGCCAGGGUGAAGAGUAUGUUGUCUGCAAGGAGGGAGAUGUUUUGGAUUCGCGACAGACAAGAUUGCUCAAGCUCUUUGAUGUGUGCUUGAGUGAGUUCAAGGUCAAGGUGCUAGCAUACUGGAACGCUGCCAACUCUGAGGUGACAGAAGUCAACCCCAAUGCUAUGGAUGAGAAUUAG